GACACCUUUCAGAUACUUAAUUAGUUUUCGUCAUGUGUACCGAUGUGUACCAAUGUGCAUGGUAUCGCUCCUUGAAAAAACCACCUCGUCCAGCCAUUACACAAUGAAUCUUGGUAAUAUCCAGCAGUUCAGAAUCACAAAUUGUUGGCGGAUAUUUUUUCGCAAAUAAACGUAACGUCAAAGCUUAUCGUUGCCAAAAUGAUGAAUAAAGGAUAUAACCUAUGACGAGCUUGUAAAGAAAAAAAAAAAAAUUUAUCCUCCCUUGAAAAUGUUGACCCAACGUUUGAAAAGUGUCAAGAGAGCAGUGAUCGUUCGUGCCCUUUGUACAAACGAGAAGCUCAUUAGAAGUUCAAAAUCAAUUAGACGUGAAUUCAUUGAGUAUUUCACAAGAAACAAUCAUGCAUUGAUUCGCUCUAGUCCAGUUAUGCCUUUGAAUGAUCCUUCCAUUCCAUUUGUUAAUGCAGGGAUGAAUCAGUUCAAAGGUAUAUUUCUUGGCCUACAUAGUCCACCAGCGAUCAGAGCUGUAAAUUCACAAAAAUGUAUUCGAGUUGGUGGCAAACACAACGAUUUGAACGUAGUUGGGCACGAUUCGUACCAUCACACGUUUUUUGAAAUGCUUGGCAACUGGUCCUUUGGGGAUUAUUUCAAGGAAGAUGCCUGCAAGUAUGCUUGGGAGCUUUUGGUUCAAGUUUAUGGAAUCAAAAAGGACUGUUUGUAUGUGACAUACUUUGGGGGCAAUGAAAAAUUUGGUCUGAAGCCAGAUUUAGAGUGUAAAAAUAUUUGGUUGAAAAUCGGUGUGGCUGAGGAUCGCAUCUUACCAUUCGGCAUGGAAGAAAAUUUUUGGGAAAUGGGGCCAUCGGGACCCUGCGGUCCUUGUACGGAAAUACACAUUGAUCACACCAUGCAUGCCAAAAAUCAAGCUUCUAGAGUUAACAAGGGUCACGAAGAUCUUACGGAACUUUGGAACAUUGUUUUCAUUCAGUUUCAAAGACUUCAAAACGGCCAGAUAAUACCAUUACCGACCAAACAUGUUGAUACUGGCUUGGGAUUCGAGAGAUUGGUGACAGUAUUACAGGGUAAAAGGUCAAAUUACGACACUGAUCUUUUCCAGCCUUUGUUUAAAGCAAUCGAAAAAGCAGCAAAUGCUCCAAAAUAUGAGGGAAGGUUUGGAACAGCUGACAAAGAUAAAAUUGACACUGGAUACAGAAUUCUAUCCGACCAUGCCAGAAUGAUUACUGUAUCUCUCGCAGAUGGGAUGUUGCCUGAUAAGAAUCACAAACUCAGGCGAAUUUUAAGGAAAGCCAUCGACAUCAGUGAAAAUACUUUUAAAACAAAUAAGCUUUUACCAGAGUUGACCGAUUGCAUAGCUGAAACUCUCGGAGAAGCUUAUCCAGAAAUCCCUAAAAAUUUGAGCAAAAUAAAAUUUAUAAUACAGUUCGAGGAGGAAGUCAUGAAAUCUGCAAGAAGUACAGCUUUUAAAAGUUGGAAAAAAAUUGUAAACUCUCGACCUGAGCUGUCUGUUAUAACUGACACUACUUUCCCUGGACUUACUGCAGGAUAUUUUGAGCUGCAAAGGUUCAUAAAGUCGGAGGACAAAGUAAAAAGUUUACCGGGUGACUUUACUUACAAGCUAUAUGAUACUUAUGGUUUGGAUUCAGAAAUCAUUAGUAAACUGGCAGAAGUGGAGUCCAUACAAUUUGAUGCAAGAGCCUUUAAAGAAGCAAUCGAAAGAGCCAAGAAACGCUCCAGGCUUGAAGCUAACAAAGUGAACGAAGAUUUUGUAUCCAUUGAUACUUUGAAUCAACUUGAAUCUGGAAAUGUUCCUAAAACUGAUGAUUCAUACAAGUAUGAAUAUACAUACAGUGACAAAGGAUACAACUUUCCAAUUGUCAAAUGUAAAUUAUUAGGGAUGAUUAGAAAUGGAAAUCUGGUGUCCGAACCUGAAUCCAUGUUGAACAUAGAUGAGAGUCAAGCAAUCGUGGAGGCAACAGUUACAAGCAGCGGCAAUAUCGUUGAAACUGACUCUGUCGUCAAUACAAAUGCCGAAGUUGGUAUUAUAUUGGAUAAAACACCAGCCUACGCCGUAGCAGGUAGCCAAGUAGCUGACAAAGGACACAUUCAAAUAAACAAUCUACUAUUUAAUUUCGAAAAAGUCUUGAAAGUUCGUGAUUACGUGAUCCACAUUGGACAUUUCGUUGACUGGGACGAAGAAGAUCCAGACCACGAAGUGCGAGUUGGUGACGAAUGCUUGAUAUCCAUAGAUGAGAAGCAUCGAACGGGAACCAUGAGAAAUCACACUGCGGCUCACUUGUUGAAUGCUGCUGUACAAAAACUACUGCCUGUCGUGGGCCAACGAGGAAGUGACGUUUUGAAAGAUCAUUUACGCUUCGAAUGCAGUGUCUUUGGUCGAAAAUUAUCAGUCCAGGACGUUAGUACCAUAGAAAAGUCAGUGAAUGACGUCAUUGAAGCCGAUGUACCUGUUAAAACGAAGACUUUAAACAUCUUGGAAAUGUUCAAAGAGGAUAAUUUAACAUUGAUUCCUGGAGAAGUGUACCCAGACACGGGAAUUCGAGUUGUGGAAAUAAAUAGCGAUAUUUUAAAUUCAAAAGAAGCGUGUUGUGGAACUCACAUACACAAAACUUCUGUGCUAGAACAUUUUUGUAUCACAAGCAUGAAAUCCCAAGGGUACAAUGGUGUGAGCUUUAAGGCUGUAGUCGGACCGGUUGCUCAUUUAACAAGACUUGCAGGUGAUAAUUUAAGGGAGAGAAUAACAAAUAUAGAAAACGAGUUUACAGCUGAGCAAACUUCGCUGGGGGAACUAGAAUCAAAAGUGAUAAUGGAAAAAAGGGAUUUAAACAACAAAAGGAAAAGAAUACAGUAUCCUUACAUUGUGACGCAAGAAAGUUUGGAAAGACUUGAAACUCUGUCCAAAAACAUAAGGAUUAAAGAAAAAAAGAGAACAAGGCAUACAAUAGAAGAAGAGAUCAAAAUAUUGUUGGACUCUUCAUCUUUACCAUUUAUUGUCAACUGCCUUCAGCCCACCAACACAUCCAUAGAAAAUAUUUCGUUGAAAAAUAUCAUCAAACUUUGUCCACCCUCGACUCCAACUUUGGUUAUUGUUCACUGUAAAAACAAAAUUAAAGCUCGAUGCUUUGUACCACACGAACUGCAGUCUUCGUCUUUUAAUGCACAAAUGUGGAUGAACGAAAUACUAAAAAUAUUUGACGCCAAAGGAAACGUUUUUAAAGAUGAAAAUCCGCUCGUGUCAUAUAACAUGGUUCCAACUGUCAUCAACGAAGAAAGCGCCAAAAUCCUUCUGGACAAGGCGAUUGCGACAGCAACUAAAUUCGCUUCGAUUUACGUUGAUCAAAGUAAAAAAAACAAGCCAAACAAAUGAUGUAAGUUUUUU